UACACCUCCCCCUGACACACAUACUCACAACGCCAGGAAGUUCCAAGCGGUGUCCUGGGAGGGGCCUGGAGGGGCUGAGAAUCGGCCCCUCCCUGCCCACUGAACAGCCCAGGGCAGUUAUAAAAUGGACCCAAGCUAGGUUGGAGCACCUGUGGCCGUUACCAUGAAGUUCCCCAGUGCUCUGCUGGUGCUCGGGGCUGCCCUGCUCCUGACCUCAGGGGGAAAUUGUGGGAUAUGCCCACUCAUUGAAAAGGACCUUGAGCUUUUUCUUUUGGGGUCUUCAAGUGACUAUAUGGCAUUCGUGAAAAAUUACCAGCAUAAUGACUUGGUACUGGACGCUGCUAAAGGUCUGAAGGACUGUGUGUGUGAUCAAUUGACACAGGAAGCAAAGCAAUUUGCAUUUGAUUUUUUGAAAAGGAUAUUUGCAAGCGAUCAGUGUUGAUAGGCGCAUCCUUGCCAGGAAGAUUCAAGGAAGCCACUUGCCUGUUCACCUGCACAGGUGCAGCAAACCCUUCCCCUACCCUCCAGGUGUCUGAAAACAGGAACCCAACAAUAAAAACCUUGCGAUUCACAGGGGUGCCUGAACUGUUUGGACCCGAGAUUGGGGAUUGAUUGGGCUGGAGGGUUCGGCAGCGACAGCCAGUGGGACUCUGAACUGCCACCGCUCACUUGCAGUGCUGUCAAAAUGCCCCCACAGCACGCAUUAGGGGAUGCCUGGGGACCUCGCUCAUGGCAGGCAGCCAGAGCGUCUGUCAGCUUCAUGGGACAGGGUCCCCAGGCAGGUCCACGUCCUCCCAGAUUGAACGCCCCAGGAACACGGAACGGUGUAGGGCCAGAGGAUCACGCAGACUCCAGACAGCAGAAUCCAUCCCGGCUGCCAGUCGGUGCUGGGGUCGUGGGCCAAUCGUGUAAUGUGUUCUUUGGGCCUCUGGGUCCCAUCUAGAGGGGAUGGGACAAAAAUAAAACCGGCCCCCUCCGGGCCUGUCACCAAGCUUCAUCUGCCCCUCCUAGAAGAGACAACAAAGAAGGCUGGAAAUAAGUGUGGGAUCUGGGCAAAUCCAGACCUCAGUUCAUCCUAAUGCCAGCUACCCCGA